CCUCUGAUAUGGAGUGCAGAAGGAGCCGGGAUUACAACUACAGUAAUCUGAGAACCGCAAGUGCACUCCACAGCCACAGACCAACACAUCAACUCCAACAAAACAUCAAGGGUCAGGCGAAACCGAAAUGAGACAUGUGCGAACGGGACAUCACUUUACAGCUACAGAAGUCUAGAAAAUAAUUACAAACUCCAGAGAAUCAGAGGCUAAAAUAUCUGCUGGCUAGCAUUCAACAGCCGGCUAAAUCAGAAAGCUCCGCUUGUCGGCCUGUGCCACCUGUGUGCCCUUUUAACUGUCAGUUUUUGGACUAAUCCGUAGUGUCCUCUACUGGAAUGAGGACUACACUUGAAGAACAUGUUGGAAACAAGUUAACAAGGUAAACAAAAUUUGUUCGUUGGACCGAAAGGACUUUGAAUACACCGAAAAUUCAAUUUUGGAACAACAGCCAAUUCAAAAUUCUUUUUCACCCUAAUGUUCUUUUUAACACAAAACUGCAAAUUUAUGGAAAGCACUGAUUGCUCUUAUCUGAUUUGGACCCGUCCAAUGAGAGUUGAGACACAUGCGUCCACCUAACCAGUGACCAUCCUGGACAAGGAGCUCUAUGCGCGUCUGCACCAGGACACUUGUGGACAGCCGUCUCCUGCCUCUCAUUUCUCCUCUGGCAUCCGCUCUCCCUCCAUCUCUCCACACCACCUCCUCUUUUCCUCCCCCCACCUCCCUCCAUCCGUCCCACCCUCCCCUCACGGAAGAUGAUGUGACCUUCUGCCAAACUGCUAGAGACCAUGCCACUGUCACAGUGGGCUGUUCUGUCUACACUGAAAUAGAAUCAAACAAGAGCCACGAGAGAGAGAGAGAAGGAGGGGGGGACGGGGGAAAAAAGACGAAGAAAAAAAUCAGGACGAGUCACGGAGGAGAAAAUGUGCUGUCGGGCGUCCGGGCUGGAUGUGGUUUGCCAAAGCAGGCAGUAGGCGACUGAGAUGGGCGUUCAUCUAGGCUGUCUCAGCGACACACUGUGGCUGCCUUUGCUGCUGCUGCUGUCUGUCCUCUGUGCCCCCCGCUGCCAGUGCCGCCCGUUCGGGAUGGUCGAGCCCACCGUGAAUGUGGCGGUGGUGUUCAGUGGCUCCGCCUACCAGAUGGAGAUCAAGGGGCGACUGAGCCGGGAGAACUUCUUGGACCUGCCGCUGGAGGUGAACCCCAUCACUGUGCUGGUGAACAACACCAACCCGCGCACCCUACUGACGCGCAUCUGCGACACGCUGGCUGCUAACAGGGUGCACGGGGUGGUCUUUGAAGAUAACAUUGGGUCCGAGGCCGUGGCGCAGAUCCUAGACUUCAUCUCAACGCAGACGGCCGUGCCCAUAGUGGGCAUCAGCGGGGGAUCUGCCGUUGUCCUGCCUCACAAGGGUGUUGGUUCUUCCUUCCUUCAGCUGGGCUCUUCCGUCCAGCAGCAGAUCGCCGGGAUGUUCAAGAUGAUGGAGGAGUACAACUGGGACAGUUUUGUGGUGGUGACCAGCCUGUACCCUGGCUAUGACACCUAUGUGGACUACAUCCGCUCCUAUAUCGAUACGUCUUACUUCCUCUGGGAGAUGCAGGACAUCUUGACAUUUGACAUGUUGGCCGAUGGUUUGAACGACCUCCGUGCCCGCCGGUUACUUCAGCAGAUCGACGCGCAGGUGCUGCUGGUGUACUGCUCGCACGACGAGGCCCAGUACCUCUUCACCAUGGCCAGGGAAGUGGGUUUGGUGGGUCCGGGGUAUAUCUGGUUUAUCCCCAGCCUUGCAGUGGGAAACCCCAAUAUGCCUCCUCCAGACAGCUUCCCCAUUGGAUUGAUCAGCAUUAUCACCGAUCGCUGGAAGAUGAGCUUGAGAAACAGGGUCAGGGAUGGUGUAGCCAUCGUGGUGAAAGGAGUGGAGAGCUUCCGCAAACAGAGAGGGUUUAUUCCUGACGGACACAUGGACUGUCUGAGUCCAGAGCGGCCAUCCACCAAUGACACUCUCUUCAGACAUAUGCUGAAUGUUUCUUGGGAGAACACAGACUUUUCCUUCAACAGUGAUGGAUAUCUGGUCAACCCUUCCAUGAUCAUAAUCACUCUGGACCGCGGGAGACAGUGGGAUAAGGUGGGGAAUUAUGAGUCUGGUAUCCUGCAGAUGAGGUAUCCUGUCUGGCCACGUUAUGGGACCUUCCUGGAGACUGUGUCUGAUAACCGUCACUUGACAGUGGCCACACUGGAGGAAAGGCCUUUUGUGAUUGUCGAAGCUGUGGAUCCUGUCACUGGCACCUGCCUCAGUAACACUGUCCCCUGCAGACGGCAGUCAAACAAGACCGAAACGAUAGUCGGGCACACUGAGCCUUACACCAAACUAUGCUGCAAAGGUUUUUGCAUAGACAUCUUGAAAAAGCUCUCUCGCAACAUCAAGUUCUCCUACGACCUCUACCUGGUCACCAACGGCAAACAUGGCAAGCUGGUACGAGGGAUCUGGAACGGUAUGAUUGGAGAGGUGUUUUAUAAGCGAGCGGACAUGGCCAUUGGCUCUCUGACCAUAAAUGAGGAGCGCUCUGAGAUCAUUGACUUCUCUGUGCCGUUUGUGGAGACCGGCAUCAGUGUGAUGGUGGCCAGAAGCAAUGGAACUGUAUCUCCAUCAGCCUUCCUGGAGCCCUACAGCCCAGCGGUGUGGGUCAUGAUGUUUGUCAUGUGUCUUACAGUCGUGGCGGUGACUGUGUUCGUGUUUGAAUACUUCAGUCCUGUGGGCUACAACCGUAGCCUGGUCAGUGCCAAAGAUCCAGGUGGUCCGACGUUCACCAUUGGGAAGUCGGUCUGGCUGCUGUGGGGGAUCGUCUUCAAUAACUCAGUGCCCAUUGAAAACCCCAAAGGCACCACCAGUAAGAUCAUGGUGCUGGUGUGGGCUUUCUUUGCCGUGAUCUUCCUGGCCAGCUACACAGCCAACCUGGCAGCCUUCAUGAUCCAGGAGCAGUAUAUUGACACUGUUUCUGGACUGAGUGACAAGAAGUUCCAGAAACCACAAGACCAAUAUCCUCCAUUCCGGUUUGGGACCGUGCCCAAUGGCAGCACAGAACGAAACAUAAGGAGCAAUUAUCCUGAAAUGCAUUCCCACAUGGUUAAGUACAACCAGAAAGGUGUGGAGGAUGCGCUCAACAGCCUCAAAACUGGGAAGCUGGAUGCCUUCAUAUACGAUGCAGCUGUGCUUAACUACAUGGCUGGUAAAGAUGAAGGGUGUAAAUUGGUGACAAUCGGUAGUGGGAAGGUAUUUGCAACAACAGGCUACGGUAUCGCCCUUCAGAAAGAAUCUCGCUGGAAGCGCCCCAUAGACCUCGCUCUUCUCCAGUUCCUUGCUGAUGGUGACACUCAGAAGCUCCAGACAGUGUGGCUCACUGGUAUCUGUCGUAACGAGAAGAAGGAGGUGAUGAGCUCUAAGCUCGACAUUGACAACAUGGCCGGAGUGUUUUACAUGCUUCUAGUGGCCAUGGGUCUCAGUCUGCUGGUCUUUGCCUGGGAACAUCUACUAUACUGGAAGCUACGGCAUUCUGUCCACAACUCUGAGCGCUUGGACUUCCUGUUGGCUAUUAGCAGGGGAAUCUACAGUUGCUUCAACGGUGUGGAGGACAUUGACCGUAACGGGAACAUGCAGAGCCCAGAUGUCACCACCAGUUACACUCAGGCCAAUAUGCUGAAAAUGCUCCAAACCGCUAAGGACAUUGUCUCAUCUGCAAGAGUUGAAAACUCCCUGGACAAUGCCACAAAGACCAUCGAAAACUGGAGUCGACGUGAUCCAGAGGCAGCCAGACCUAGCCUUCCUACCUGCCUCAUAGGGACGGACUUCAGCCAUAGCCGCCUGCCCUGCAUCGCCAGUGUAAUGGACAACCACUCGUACCCUCAAAACAUGGAUAGCACCACACAGCACUUGCUAGAGAAGCCUCACAUGGGAACACAUCCUACCUCACUCCGCUACACUCUUCCCGCACGCACCACCCACCACCACAUCUACGAACGAACACUACCCAUAUCUAGCCUCAGCAGUCCCCAUAUUGCCAUGAGAGACCCACCACCUCCCACAGCCCCGAAACCCCAUGUGUACGUGGACCAGUCCUGUCACCACCCUACCUCUCGCUACGUCUCUUACCGUGACUUUCAGGUACCAGACAUCUUUGUGGAACACCAGGAACCUUCGGGAAGCCAAAAACAAUACAUGGCAGGUCUGGGUCGCAAAAAGAGGUCCCACAGCUACGUAGCAGCAUCUCCGGAAACUGGCCGAAGGGGCGACUAUGAUGUUCCCCAGUCUUGUCUGGCUGAUCUCAAAAGCAACCACCUAGUGGAAAACCAUUCCCAUACCACACCCUGCAUGAGAAGCCAAUUCCAGAGACCUGGCUCUAGCUGCAACUCCUGCACGAAGCUGUAUCUAGAACCGGAGAUGGAUGAUGUUCCUCUUCUGGGGAAAGAUAAAAUGAACCGCCGCGCCUCUUUUCUCAGGGCUACAUGGAGUGGUGACAGGAUCCGGCAGCUGGAUGAGAAGCCCUCCACCUCUGCAUCCUCUACCAGUUGCAUCAACAUGCCUGAUCUGUUCCCUCGAGUGGUGGUGAACAAUCCCAAGCCUUCGAAGAUGUACAGCAGCAGUGGUAACAACCUACGCUACAACAUGGCUGUGGAGCCAGCCUAUCUGGACCCAGCCCACAUGGGCACCUACCCUUACAAGCCACAGAAGUUUAAGUACUCGAAGUCCAUCCGCCUUCCUUCAUACCGGGAAGCCAUUCUAAAGAAUACGGCAGCCCUUCGACGCUCCUCUUCCACACUAGUGCACGGACACUAUUCAACGUACCUGAACUCUUACACAGACAUGCCGGUGUAUUUGGGUCCUCUUCCGCAAGGACCUGCUCACUUCCAUGAGCAUUCCAAAGACACGUGCCACCUGUUUCCAUGUGUCAACCAUUGCCCGGAAAAUGCCGCUUUGGUUCCCCGGUUAGGCAGCAGACCUGUGUUUUACCAGAGCACUGCUGUUGGAGGCUACGAGGGGGCCAGGCGCUCAAACGAAGAGUCGUUGCACACUGUACCAGUCUCUUCCGUGCGCAGGGACCACAGGCAGGUUCUAGUGGCACGGAACGUACACAGUCCCUAUGCCCCACGGCCCUGGGGUAGGGUAUCUAGUCUGGAGUCAGAGGUUUGAAGGCUUUUGAAGAGACAGUUUCCCUCAAACAGUGAGGGAGAAACGCUGGGAACUGCUCAACGAAGUCAAGCAAAAAAAUUAAAAGAUAAAGGUGGACUAGAGGUGGUAAUCUCAGUGCAAUAAUACCCUCAGACAGCAGGGAUGGGACGAGGGAAUGUACAAGUGAUUACUGUGGAGACUUGUUUCAGUAUUAAAAAAUAUGAGUUGAAAAAAUUAACUGUUCUUAAUCUAUAAUCUAUUGAUUGUUAUUUAAACUGUUUUUAAAUGCAAUUACACUCAUUCUCUGCAAACAAUUGGAUGUAGCAUGUUUUAAGGCAGCUUUACAACCAAAAGGGUUUGAAUUUAAAAUCUGGUUUUUAUUUACGCCAGGGGAUUCAACCAUUUUAAAUCUGGAGAACCACUGGAGAAUUUUAUAUCAUAGCCACACAAAAAUGUCUUCCAAGAAUUUUUCUAAAUCCAGAAGUUUGAGAAAGCCAUUAAGUGUCCAAAUUAGUCACUCCACUGAUGUAAUUCAGAUCCGAUUUCAAUAAUGGUGAAGAAUUGAUUUGCCAUCUGUAGUUCCACUCUGUUUAAUAAAUGAUGGGAUGGCCUUGGGGCCAAAUUAAAAGAA